AUGUCUGCUGAUCUUGUUUUCGCGCAAGACGGUGCCGGGGCAAGUGGUGGAACCGUCCGAGGUCAAAUUGUCGAUACAUCCACAGCACAGAGCCCAAUUGAAGGCGUUGAGAUCAGAAUUGUUGGUGCAGACGGAGCAGAACAUACCGCAACAACUGAUGCCAGCGGUGAAUAUGAACAAUCAGGUAUCCCUGCAGGCCGCUACCUCAUUAGUAUCUAUAGAGACGGAUACGGCCCGCGAGAAGGGAAACCUGUAACGGUCGUUAAUGGCGGGGACCACUUCUUCCCGCUCAAAAUGACCAAAAAGGACAAUAUUGUUACCUUCUUCCAGAAGUUCGGAUUCGUCUUCUGGCCACUCGCCCUCUGCUCCAUCACGGCAUUAACCUUCAUUAUUGAAAGACUUUUCACUUUUGUGCGGAGCCGUUCUCGAAUUGGAACUGAACAGUUCAUCGCCAGUAUCGCCGACUCAUUGCGGAAAGAGAACAUUAUGGAAGCCGUCUCGACUUGUGAAGAAGCCGGCGGACCGCUUGCUAAUGUUCUUAAAGCAGGAUUGCUGAGAUACAGCCAAGCCCAGAUUGAAGAACGAGAUAUUAGCAAAGAAGAAAUUCAGGAAGCCAUUGAGGAAGCAAGCCUCCUUGAAAUCCCUGAACUGGAAAGAAACCUGCCAGUUCUCGGUACGGUCGCAGUUGUUUCUCCGCUGUUCGGCUUGCUUGGAACCGUUACAGGUAUGAUUAGUGCAUUUACCACAAUCGCACUCGAAGGUACCGGUGACCCACAACAACUCGCAGGCGGUAUCUCACAGGCACUUCUCACAACUGCUGCUGGCUUGACAGUCGCUAUUCCGUGCUUGAUUUUCUUCCAACUUUUCGAUAGCUGGGUUAACAGACACAUGGUUGAAAUUUCACAGGUUUCUACCGAAAUUGUCAAUCAACUGAUUGUUGGUGAAUCUAACUAG